CAGGUAUUUAGGGGCAAUGAACUUGGGAAGACGGGAAAGAUAAAUCUUCUGUUCACACUUGGAAAUGGGUCAUGAGACCUAAAGUACAUUGAAGUAGAAGAAACAUUUUUCAGCUUGAAUGAACAAUGGAAAAUAAAGCAUGAAAAUAAAGCCUGAAAAAAUGAGGAUAGCUGAAUCGCACUCUUCCAGCCUACCCUUCUGUAAAAUGCGUUCACCAUUAAACAGUGGCAAGUUCCUGCUGGGGACUGUGUGGAAGGAUGGCAGCAGCAGAACCCUUGACUGCUUUCUCCCGGUGGUACCUCUAUGCCAUUCAUGGCUAUUUCUGCGAGGUGAUGUUCACAGCUGCCUGGGAGUUUGUGGUCAAUUUCAACUGGAAGUUCCCAGGUGUCACCAGUGUAUGGGCACUCUUCAUCUAUGGCACUUCCAUCCUCAUUGUAGAAAAGAUGUAUUUGUAUCUGAAGGACAAGUGUAACAUACUAGUGCGCUGCCUCAUUUAUACUCUGUGGACGUAUUUAUGGGAGUUCACCACUGGCUUCACUCUGCGUCAGUUCGAUGCCUGCCCUUGGGACUAUUCACAAUUUGACUUGAACUUCAUGGGCCUCAUUACUCUGGAGUAUGCCAUUCCAUGGUUCUGUGCAGCAUUUAUCAUGGAACAGCUGGUCAUCAGAAACACACUACGUUUACGGUUUGAUGAGAAUGCUGAACCAGGGAUUCCCACUGUUCCCAUAACCUUGGCCAAUGGCCAUGUGAAGACUAAUUGAAUAGUAACUUAGGGCUGCACUUUGACUAAAAGGACUCUACUGCCCCCUUCAUUAGAGACCUGUAAUGAUGGCUUCAAAAGCAAAACUCCUGCUUCCUGUAUGAUAAAGAAACCUCCUUCUGUUGGAGGUAUGCAUGAAAAAGUGGAACCAGUAGAUUUUCUAUGGAUUUUACUUUUCUGUUUUUUAAACUGCAAGUAGCACUGCCAGCUACCUGUUGGCUAGAUAGUUUCUGACUUGUAACUUACUAUAUGAACAGUCCUAUUACCUGCAUUUUACUGCAUAUGUAAAAAAAGAGAAAUGCUAGUAUAGCUUGUACGGAAAAAAACAACAACACACAAGUUAGUAAAUUGGCACAGAUGCCCCUGUUAACUUAGUGAUUGGCUUAUAUUCCAUUAGGCAAUAUUCAGGUGCUUGCUUGCAACCAAUACCUCCCAUGGGACCUGAGAUGCUGCAGGGUCAAGGAAGAAUCAACAGCUGUUGAGAUAGCCCAACAGUGGCAGUCUACUAGGGAGGUAGAAUCUGCCCUCUUGUGUGCUCCUCCUAAGGCUUUUUUAUUGCACCAUAGCGUAUGGUAUUAUGGUGCUGGACAUCUUGCAGGAUUUAUAUAAAAAAAAGAUUACUUUUCAAAUCAUCCAUUCUGAUGCUCAUUACAGAGCUUGUUCUCCCAUUUCCAUCUCCCCCUCCCCCCCUCCCUCUCUCUCUCU